CAUCCUCCGAGGAUCACCUGCCUAUCACACCACAAUUAGUUAUUAUACCAAAAUGAAAUCGUUUGUGGUACUAUCAGCUGUAUUAGCAGUAGCGUUCGCCCAGGCGCAGCAGUAUACGAUCCCAAUCAUCAGUUACCAGCAGGACUCGAAUGUUGACGGAAGCUAUCAAUACAGCUACGAGACGGGCAAUGGCAUCGCAGCACAGGAGCGCGGCUACUUGAAGAACGCGGGCAUCAAGGAUGCGGAGGCGCAGGUUGCUGAAGGCUCCUUCAGCUACACCUCGCCCGAAGGCGUGCCCAUCUCUCUCAGAUACACUGCUGACGAAAACGGAUUCCGCCCCGAGGGCGCCCAUUUGCCAACUCCCCCACCGAUCCCAGAAGCCAUCGCGCGCGCCCUGCAGUACAUCGCGUCUCAACCUCAGCAGAAUCAAUUCCAACCUCAACAACAGUUCCAACCACAAGGUUUCCAACCACGAGGAAACUUCGCUUCCCUUGGUUAAUAAUUAUAACGAUUUAGAAAGAAAAGUCAAUCGACCUACACGAUGCUGAGUAAGAUACUCAUGAGAGGCUCAUUGAGUAGAGAUUUGUAACUGUGAUUUAAUUAAUUCUAAGAACAUUAAAC